UCAAUUUCUGAUCAUUUUCUUCUGUCUCUCGCUCUGUUUUCACCAGAUUCCAAUCCAUUGUCGUCUCCGUCCCCAAAUUGAUUUUUCAGUUCCUUUCAAAUGCACAAAUUCCACAAACUUCAGCAACCUCUCUCUGUUUCUCAAUCUAUGUUUUCGUUCUCAAGCAACCUCUUCUUUUUUCUCCUCUCUCUUCUUUCUCACAAAACCUAAUUCUUCCAUUCACGCCUCUCUUCUUUCCCUUCUUUCCCCCAUUCAAGCAACGGCCCUCCCUCCCUUCCCACAUUUGCAAAUUGGCCCUCCUCUUACUCCAUCCAUUGAUUCGCCAACACUCCAACAUUGUUGGGAUUAACCAGCGUUUUGUGCCCUGUUGAGUUUUGAUAAUCUCUUCCGUAUUCAAUCGCCGAUUUUUUCCCUUUCCUAUAGGGUUUUUCCCCGUUACCCUUGUAGAUUUCAUUCCAAUUUCUGACCAAGAUAUUCCUACACACUUAUAUUUGCUAUUUUUGCAUAUACUGUUAAUAUCUGAAAUUAUUUAGGGUUCUGUGUUUGUGAUCUUUUUCUGAAACGCCCAUAAUUCUUCCUGGAGGCAUUUACAGCACAUAUACCAUUUUCUAAAACGCCUAUCUGGACCUUCUUGUUGAGCGCUGAAAGUUUCCCUUUUAAGCAUAACUGUCAACGAUUUGAAUAAAUCGUCAGAUUCUGGGGUUUAUUGAACCCCAAAACAACCUCUUUGUAUUAACGUCCAAAGUUACGUCUUUUGCUUUUGGUAUCUGUUUUUUGUCUUCUUUCUUGUUGUUUGUUUUGGGUGGAAGGAGAUAUUGUAGUUAUUGAGGGUUUUGUGGGAGAAAGUUUAAGCUUUCAUGGGAGAGCAUGAGGAAUGGGCACAGCCACCGAGUGGGCUAUUGCCGAAUGGCCUGUUGCCCAAUGAAGCAGCGUCCGUAAUGCGAGUGCUCGACUCGGACCGAUGGUUGAAGGCUGAGGAGAGGACUGCAGAGCUUAUUGCCUGCAUCCAGCCCAACCCGCCAUCUGAGGAGCGCCGAAAGGCAGUGGCAGAUUAUGUGCAGCGGCUCAUCAUGAAGUGUUUCCCCUGCCGGGUGUUUACCUUUGGGUCCGUUCCCCUCAAGACUUAUUUGCCUGAUGGUGACAUUGAUUUAACAGCCUUCAGUAAGAAUCAAAAUUUGAAAGAAACAUGGGCUCAUCAAGUUCGUGAUAUUCUGGAGAAUGAGGAGAAGAACGAGAAUGCUGAAUUCCAUGUGAAAGAGGUUCAGUACAUUCAGGCAGAAGUGAAGAUAAUCAAGUGUCUUGUGGAAAAUAUUGUGGUGGACAUAUCAUUCGACCAGCUUGGAGGAUUGUGCACUCUUUGUUUCCUUGAGGAGGUUGAUCAUUUGAUAAAUCAGAAUCAUUUGUUUAAGCGUAGCAUUAUAUUGAUAAAGGCCUGGUGCUAUUAUGAGAGCCGGAUCCUGGGUGCUCACCAUGGGCUUAUCUCAACUUAUGCCUUGGAAACCUUGGUUCUUUACAUAUUUCAUGUCUUUAAUAAUUCCUUCGCCGGACCACUUGAGGUCCUCUAUCGUUUUCUGGAGUUCUUUAGUAAAUUUGAUUGGGACAAUUUUUGUGUUAGCCUAUGGGGUCCUGUGCCCAUUAGUUCGCUUCCAGACGUAACAGCGGAACCUCCUCGAAAUGAUGGUGGAGACUUACUACUCAAGUUGUUUCUAGAUGCUUGUAGCUCGGUGUAUGCUGUUUUCCCUGGUGGUCAAGAAAAUCAGGGGCAACCCUUUCUUUCCAAGCAUUUUAAUGUAAUUGAUCCUUUGCGGGUAAACAACAAUCUAGGCCGUAGCGUCAGUAAAGGUAACUUUUUUAGGAUACGUAGUGCUUUCACAUUUGGCGCUAAAAGGCUGGCAAGGUUACUUGAUUGCCCAAAAGAUGACCUAUUGUUUGAAGUAAAUCAGUUCUUUUUUAACACUUGGGAGAGACAUGGCAGUGGCCAUCGUCCUGAUGCCCCGAGGAAUGACUUGUGGCACUUGAGAUUGUCCAAUUCAGACCACUUAAAUGAGUCUGAGAGUCUCAGGAGUAAUUCAAGUGACCAAAGAAAUGAUUUUUCCUCUCGUCAUGAAAGUCAAGUUGAUGGAACAAGAAGUUCACUUGGUGAUUCCUUCCAGCAUGGUAAUCAUUUCCUGGAAAGUGCAACUAGAACCAGUGAUGGAAACCCAAACAGCAACUCGAGGAUAUCCAAUCAGGUUAGACGAGAAAUCAGUUCCAAUGAAGGUGCACAUGUGGGUAUGGUUCAGAAAAGUUCUAAAGCUGAUAACCUGGCAAAUGACAUACAGGGGAAGUUUGUCUUUGCAAGGACACGUUCCAGCCCUGAGCUUACUGAAACGUAUUGUGAAAUUUCUUCUCAUGCAAGGUGUAGUAGAGCCCCAGAAAGUGGAAAAGCCCAGAACGUUUCUGCUAGGUUGGAUAAUAGGAGUAAGAACCAAGAAUCUGAUAUUUUGGCAAACCAUAGCGCUAGAACUGAGGAACCUUCAUCUGUUAGGCACUUCUCCACCCGUCAUGGUCUAGACACUGCUGCUGAUUCAAACAAAGGUUCCAAUAGUUACCAUGAAGAAUCAGGCUCAGGAGCUACGAGUGAAAACUUUGCUACUGUUCUGGGGACACAUGGAAUGCAUCAGGACGAGCAAGAUCUUGUGAACAUGUUGGCAUCUUCUACAGCACAUGGUUUUAAUGGACAGGUUCAUCUUCCACUGAAUAUGGCUUCUGGUCACAUACCUCUUCCUAUCCCCUCUUCAGUUCUAGCUUCAAUGGGAUAUGCUCCAAGAAAUUUGGGUGGAAUGGUUCCCACAAAUAUCCCAUUUAUCGAGACACCUUGGGGAACAAACAUGCAAUAUCCUCAAGGUUUUCCUUCGCCAUUAGCUCCAAAUUUCCCUGGCAUGGGAUGGAGCUCAAAUCCUGAAGAUUUGAUUGAACUUGGUAAGGAGAACUUUCGAUCAGUUGAAAUGAACCACAGGGAAUCUGAUCAUGAUAACUGGCAUGAGCAGGACAGGGGCUCUGCUGGUGGGUUUGAUCUUGAUCAUGAAAGUUUUGAAAUGCUUCAGUCGGAUGACAAGCAACAGUCAACUUCAGCUAGUUUUAACAUUGUUCCUUCCUCACGGGUUGGUAGUUCUAAAAUCUCUACAAGAGUUCAACAUAUAGACAAUGUUCAACAGAAGAUUACAAAAGAAAACCGAGGGUCAUUAAGGGUAGAUCAUAUAGACAAUGUUGAUUAUCAUGAUAACAGAGGAAAUGAGGUUUACUAUGAUGACCAAAUUGCAAGUCCGAGAUCCUUGUCCACUGCACCCCCGAGUUCGCUGAGGAGUAGAACUUCUUCAGAGAGUUCUUGGGAAGGAUCCUCGGCAAAGGUCUCAAAGUCAGCCAAGGAAAAACGAGUUAGGAAAACCGCUACACCUGCUGUCCCAGGUACCAUUCAUGUAAAAGGUAAGAGCGUGUCUGAUCUAUCCUCCACACAGACAGCAGAUGAUGACAGCAGCGACUGGAGUCCACUCUCAACCAUGGGCACCGAAAUAGUAGAAAGAAGCAUGGGACCUCAAUCUGCUGCUUCUCUAAAUGUUCCAAGCCCUCAAAUGCUAUUAGGUCAUGGUUCACGACAAAGGGUUCCAGAUAAUUCUGGAGUUGUUCCGUUUACCUUUUAUCCUACAGGGCCACCUGUUCCUUUUGUCACAAUGCUUCCAGUGUACAAUUUGCCAACGGAGGCAGGAACUUCUGAUGGAUUGACGAAUCAUUUAAAUAGGGAAGAGCGGCUGGAUAAUGGUGAUUCUGGUCAGAAUUUUGAUUCAUCCAAGGGACUUGAUCAGCCUGAGGUGUUAAGUAAUUUCAGUUCUAUGAGAAGGGCUACUGCUGUUGACCCAUCACAGCACAAGGCUGACAUUCUUGACAGUGACUUUGCUAGCCAUUGGCAAAAUUUGCAGUUUGGGCGGUUUUGUCAAAACUCACAGUAUCCUGCUCCUAUGAUUUAUUCUUCACCUGCUGUGAUGCCUCCCGUCUUAUUACAGGAUCGAUUUCCAUUGGAUGGUACAGGGAGACCUCUGUCAGCAAAUAUGAAUGUCUUCACUCAGUUUAUGAGUUAUGGGCAUCGGGUUGUUCCUGUUGCUCCUCAGUCUGUUUCAAAUAGACCUGCUACUGUUUAUCAAUGUUACAUGGAUGAAAUACCAAAGCAUCGUAGUGGGACUGGAACGUACCUGCCAAAUCCUAAGGUUUCUAAUCAGGACAGACAAUCUACUAGUUCCAGACGUGGGAAUUACAGCUAUGAUAGAAGUGAUCACCAUGGUGAUAGAGAGAGGAAUUGGAACAUUUAUUCAAGGUCGCGAGUGGCUGGGCGCAGCCAUGGCCGCAGCCAAGCUGAAAAGCCAAACUCAAGAUCAGACAGGUUAGUGGCAAGUGAGAGUCGGACUGACAGGCCUUGGGGCCCACAUAGACAUGACUCAUUCCCUUCACACCAUUCUCAGAAUGGUUCAGUUCGCUCAAACUCUAUGCAGACUGGUCCUGCUAAUGUGACAUAUGGAAUGUAUCCAGUACCAGCCAUGAAUUCCAGUGGGGUGUCGUCAAAUGGACCUACUAUUCCACCUCUCGUUAUGCUGUAUCCUUAUGAUCAUAGUUCUGGCUAUGGAUCACAUGCCGAACAGCUUGAGUUUGGCUCACUUGGACCACUGGGUUUCUCAGCUUUGAAUGAAGUAUCACAACUGAAGGGAAGCCAAUGUAGUGGGGGAUUUGAAGUUCACGGUGACUCUGCUCAACGGUCCUCAUCCAAUGUGCCUUCUUCACCCCAUAUCCAGAGGGGGACUUGAUUAUUUAACAGAGCGGUAACUCAGAAGAAAAUGUCAGUUGAAAGCUGAGGAUUUUUUGCCUCUGUGCAUUUCCAACCAGGGAGGGAAUGAUACUGGGAGAAAUUAUGAUGGGAAACCCUUCCAUUUUCGAACAAGAGAUGCCAUGAUAGAGGAAGACAUCCAAUUAUGAUGGGGAACCCUUCCAUUUUUGAACAAGAGAUGCCAUGAUAGAGGAAGAAUUGGAUACCUGAUUUGAACAUAUCUUAACGUGUUUCUCAUGGAAAGAUCACCCUUAAGUGCUGGCCUUGUGCUUGUUGGUACAAUACAUGGUUGGAUGAGUUGGAUGUGCUCUGUUUUCGAGGAUAACAGGGUUUCGGUGGUGCUGGAUGCAGGAAACUAGUUAGUUUCUCAUUUCAGGCUGAUAAAUUGUAACCCCACUGAAAUAGGAACUCCAGGGGCUUUGAAUUUAGGAUUUUACUUAUAAAAUUGCUUCUGUCAGGAUUUUCUCUACACGCAUUAGGGCUUUUUUCAUCAAAAUGCUCAUCAUUUGGCGGCUCUAUUAUGAACUUGCCGAAUAUGUUACCAGUGUAUCAAUAACAACGAUAAUUUUGGAUGAAAAAUUCUAGCUAGCUUUGACUAUGGUGUUCGUUUCUUUCUUCUUUCUGUGGCAAGGCAAAGGACUCGAUGAAGAAGCAGGGUUUAGAAGAGGAAGAAUGGCAAGAACCAAAAGAAAACCCCCACUUUAUAGAAAGGUAUGAGAGAUAUUCUUCGUAUAGCAGGUAAGUGCUCAUACUCGUAUUGUCAAAAACAAAAUUGCUCAUACUUCUGUAUUAUAUUGUUUGUUUUUGGCUGUAGUUAUGUUAGGGGUCUUAAUUAUCCUUUUUUUUAUGCUCUUUAAUUAUUUCUUCAUGAAAAGAUCAUUUUUUAUUUUAUUUUUUUUUUCUUAUAAAAAAAAAUGAUCCUUUCAUGUAGAAAGAAUUAAAGUAAGAGCAUUAAUUUUCCUUUUAAUUUUUUCGAGUUGUUGAGGCUGAAGUCAAAUCUGUUGAUAAUGAUAUGGUCUCAAGGGCCCGCCCUUACAGAUAUUAAUGUUAUCUUGGUUAGUCAAAGUGACGAAGUAAUAAUGCAUUGUAGGAUGAAUAUGAUUGAAAAUUCUGGGAGUCAUAUAGUAUCUAAUAUUUAUGGUGAGAAACAUUAUUGUUAGCAUAGCUUUGUAUACUUGGGUUUUAUGGGAGCGCAUAUAAAUAUUGGGCCAGAGGUGGAGGAGAUUCAAGAUGAAGGAUACUUACCAGCCAAGGAAUGCAGGAUAUAGCAGAAAGUCUAUUCACUGGAAAGGCUUUAAAGAUUCUGUUUGCCCCCAACAAGCAUAUCUCAUGGAUGCUUUGACAAGGAUGAGAAUCUUCAACAGUUCCUAUCUAUGAGACAUAAUUCGAGGCUUUCUCCAAUAGAAUUGAAGGGUUGCAAGAGAAGCACAAGCUUGGCUGCUUUCUAUGUGGAUUGAAGGAUGAAAUAAGGUCAAACCCGAGUUCUAGAUCUUAGAAUUGGGGCUAAAUUUUGAAAUUUAAGCCCAUGGGGUUACAAUUCUGACCAAAGUGAUUUGGGUUAUUAUUAUUGGCUAAUUUUUACCCCAAUCUGGUAUAUAGCUGGCCAGCAAAUGCAAUGGGAAUAAAAUUGAGAUGAUGCAACUUGUUUUUAAUUUCUGCAGUGUAUUUGGGGGUAAUUGUUGAGGUUCCUCACCCCUCCUUAUGUACUUCUCCAAGCAUUAAUAAUUUAAAAAAAUUUAUGUGCAGUCA